AGAAAGUAUAAUUUCUAUUUUCAUGGAACAUCGAAUAUCAACUAAACUCGUGUAUUAGUACACAACGCCGGUUAAAUAAGACACCUGCUAACCUUUCAAACAGUAUCGUGUUUAAGAAAAUUGUCAUUUCACUGAUAGUUGAAUGCUUAGAAAUAGAAUGAGUAAUUUAAGAAAAUUUAUAGAUAUUGGGGCCAAUUUGACAGAUCCUAUGUAUCAAGGAAUUUAUCAUGGGUCACAAAAACAUCUGCCAGAUUUGGAUAAAGUUUUAGAACGAAGUUGGAAUAACAAUAUUUCAAAAAUUAUAAUCACUGCCGGUAAUAUAGAAGAAAGUAAAAAAGCUCUCGAAAUAGCACGAACAGAUGAACGAUUAUUUUCUACAGUUGGUUGUCAUCCAACACGUUGUAAUGAAUUUGAAGAAAAUGAUGAUCCAGAAGCAUAUCUGAAAUCAUUGUCAGAUCUAGCUGCAGGCAAUAAAGACAAAAUUGUAGCUAUUGGUGAAAUAGGAUUAGACUAUGACAGAUUACAAUUCUGUUCCAAAGAUAUUCAAAAAAAAUAUUUUGAAAUGCAGUUAUCCUUAUGUACCACUUUGAAAUUACCAAUGUUUUUACAUUGUCGUAAUGCUACUGAAGAUUUUAUAAGAAUUUUAAGAAAACAUAAAGAUUCUUUAACAGCUGGUGUUGUACAUUCUUUUGAUGGGAAUCCAGAAGAAGCUAAUUCCAUUUUACAAAUGGGAUUAUAUAUUGGCAUCAAUGGAUGUUCUCUUAAAACAGAAGAAAAUCUUUUUGCUGUUACAACUAUACCAUCAGAUAAAUUAAUGAUAGAAACUGAUUGUCCAUGGUGUGAAAUAAGACCUACACAUGCAUCUGCAAAAGAUAUUAUUACCAAUUUUCCAUGUAUUAAAAAAGAAAAAUGGCAACCCGAUAAAAUGGUUAAAGGAAGAAAUGAACCAUGUACCAUAGUCCAAAUUUUGGAAAUACUUGCACGAAUUAGAGAUGAAGAAGAAGAAUAUUUAUGCAAUCAAAUAUAUAAAAACACAAUGAAAGUUUUUUUUCCUCAUGAGCUCUAACACAUUAAUUCAGACUGACUUAAUUUUGUAAUCAGUGUGCAUUUUAGUAUUGUAUGCUCAUACAUAUAAUCAGGGAAAAAUGCUGUGAAAUUAUAUAAAGAAAAAAAAAAUAAUUUCUACUAAAUUCAUUUCUGAAAAGCAAGGAAAUGAAGGAAUUCAUUUUUAUAUGCAUAGUUCUAUGGAUGUGAUGGAUGUCACAUUUCAUAGAUCUCUUUUCAUAUAAAAUUUUAAUUUUAUUUUUUUCUUCGUUAAAAUUAUUGUUAUCACUAUAAUCAUCAUCAGAGUUGCACUAUUAGCAUUAUUAUAAUUAUAAUUAAAAUAAUAAUUAUAUUAUUAUAUCUAUAUUUAUCAACAUUAUUCUAUAUGUCUUAUAAAU